AUGCGCUCUCAACUCAUAGUUCGCCCCUUUUUUUCCUUCUUCACUCCCCGCGCUCUUCCCGUCAUCAAACCUCCCACCUUUGCGCCUCUGCGGCCUCUCUCAAGCUCGACAUUCAAAGCCCCGCGUUCCAUCUCCGGGAGUAAACUGCUCAAAGCCGCCCCAACCAUCCCCUUCUUCGGCGCCUUCUUCAGCUCAAAAGCCAAAGCGGAGGAACCGUCCGAAAGCAUGUCCUACCCCGACCAACGCAGUGACGACCAGUGGCGGACCGUUCUGAGCCCAGAACAAUUCCGCAUCCUCCGCCAAAAGGGCACCGAACCCCCCGGCACGGGCGAGUAUGAUAAACACUCCCCCUCGCAGGGCGUGUACAACUGCGCCGGGUGCAACGCGCCGCUCUACAAAGCCAACCACAAGUUCAAGUCCGGCUGUGGCUGGCCAGCCUAUUUUGAUUCUAUUCCUGGCGCAGUGACUAGACAUGUCGAUAAUACGUUGGGCAUGAAACGGACGGAGAUCGUCUGCAGCAACUGUGGCGGGCAUCUCGGCCAUGUUUUUGAGGGGGAGGGGUAUAACACGCCCACUGAUGAACGGCACUGUGUGAAUAGUAUUAGUUUGCGGUUUACGGAGGAUGAGCAGAAUCCGAAGGCGAAGGCGUAA